GGGCCUUUUCUAGCCUGAAGCGGCCGCCAUCUUUCCGCUACAGAGGAAAGCGGGGAGACUGUUAGUCGGAUUGCGUUUUGGGGGUGAUGCAAGAUGCCAGCUCCUGUUCGAUUGCGAGAGCUGAUUCGCACUAUCCGGGCUGCCAGGACGCAAGCGGAAGAACGAGAAGUCAUUCAGAAAGAAUGUGCGCUCAUCAGAUCAUCCUUUCGAGAGGAAGACAACACAUAUCGUUGUCGCAAUGUGGCAAAACUUAUCUACAUGCAUAUGCUUGGGUAUCCAGCACACUUUGGUCAGCUUGAAUGUUUAAAGUUAAUAGCAUCUCAGAGAUUCACAGACAAGAGAAUUGGUUAUCUUGGAGCUAUGCUGCUUCUAGAUGAGAGACAAGAUGUACAUCUACUGAUGACUAACUGCCUUAAGAACGACUUAAGCCACAGCACACAGUUUGUCCAGGGGCUAUCUCUCUGUACGUUGGGCUGUAUGGGGUCAUCAGAUAUGUGCAGAGAUCUGGCUGGAGAGGUGGAGAAACUGUUGAAGAACUCCAACUCAUACAUUCGUAAAAAGGCUGCAUUGGCUGCUGUGCACAUUAUCAGAAAAGUACCUGAGCUGCUAGAGAUGUUUCUGCCUGCCACAAAAAAUCUCCUUAAUGAUAAGAAUCAUGGUGUCCUCCAUGCUGCUGUUGUCCUUGUCAUAGAAAUGUGUAAACAUAGCCCUGACACUCACGCUUAUUUUCGCAAGGUUGUUCCACAGUUAGUCAAAUCACUGAAGAACCUGAUUAUGUCUGGUUACUCUCCAGAACAUGAUGUAUCUGGAAUUAGUGACCCUUUUCUUCAGGUCCAGAUUUUAAGGUUGUUGAGGAUGUUGGGGAAAAGUGAUGAUGAAGCUAGUGAACAAAUGAAUGAUAUUCUCGCUCAGGUUGCAACCAACACUGAAACCAGUAAAAAUGUAGGCAAUGCCAUUUUAUAUGAAACUGUUUUAACCGUGAUGGAUAUUAAGUCUGAGAGUGGAUUGAGGGUUCUAGCUGUAAAUAUUUUGGGUAGAUUUUUAUUGAACAAUGAUAAAAAUAUUCGGUACGUUGCACUGACGUCACUGUUGAAAAUGGUACAGACAGACCACAACGCGGUACAGAGACACAGGAGCACAAUCGUAGACUGCCUAACAGAUCUUGAUGUCUCCAUUAAAAGGCGUGCAAUGGAUCUGUGCUUUGCCUUGGUUAAUGGCAGCAAUGUCCGAGGAAUGAUGAAGGAGCUACUCUACUUCCUGGACCAUUGUGACCCAGAGUUUAAGGCAGACUGCGCUUCUGGAAUAUUUUUGGCAGCAGAAAAAUACGCACCAAACAAGAGAUGGCAUAUUGACACUAUCAUGAGAGUGCUCACCACUGCUGGUGGUUAUGUCCGUGAUGAUUCUGUACCUCUGUUGAUUCAACUCAUCAGUAAUGCAAACUCCCUUCAUACAUACAUUGUGCAGAAGCUUUAUCAAGCCAUACGGGUGGAUAUUUCGCAGCAACCCUUAGUGCAAGUGGCAGUUUGGUGCAUUGGAGAAUAUGGGGAUCUACUGUUAUCUGCCAACUUUGAGGAGGAAUCACCAGUUCAGGUUACAGAAGAUGAAAUAUUGGAUGUUUUAGAGAAGAUUCUGCAAUCCAGCCUCUCGGCACUCACGACACGGGAAUAUGCGCUGACUGCCAUUAUGAAGCUUAGCACACGACUACAGAGCAGCACAAAUCGUAUCAGGAAGGCAGUUUCUAUCUAUGGAAGUAGUUUAGAUGUGGAACUUCAACAACGAGCAGUGGAGUACAGUGCACUCUUCAUGAGGUUUGACCACAUGAGACCAGCUUUAUUGGAGCGAAUGCCUCUCAUACAGAAGAGUGCAGCCAAUGGCCCAGUGCAAACUGUGGUUAAUGGUGAAGAAAAGGAGGAGGGGGUCAGCUUCCCAGCCCAAGAGCAGCUAUCACAACAGGCCCAGGUUAGCAACUUACUUGAUCUGCUCGAUGUCAGUAACCCACCUUCAUCUGUGCCUCAAGAAAGCAAAGUACCUCAAGCAGGUGGAGAGUUACUAGACCUUCUGGAUGGAUUAAACCUGCCAGAUCCACAGUCAUCAGGCCUGUCAGGUGUACAGCCACAUUUGGUACUUGAUGGUAUGGCCGCCCCUGGUUCACACAGUACUGUCAAUUUAAAGCAAGAUAUACCUUCAAUCAUCGCAUAUGAUCAAAAUGGUCUGAAAAUAGAAUUUUCUUUUGAACGGUCCAAAGCAAAUACGAACAUGCUGUUUAUCACCUUACGUGCAUCAAAUUCCACCGAGAUGGACAUGAGCAACUUUGUUUUGCAAGCUGCUGUACCAAAGUCUUUCCAGUUGCAGUUGAUGUCUCCCAGUGGCAGCAACAUUCCUGCAAGGAAUUCUGGAGCUGUCACACAAUUGAUGAGAGUUCUUAAUACACAGAAGCACCCACUGAGGAUGAGACUGAAGCUGAUGUAUAAUCACAGAGAAGCACCGAUCGAGGUCAUGGCAGACAUCAAUGAAUUUCCACCCCAAGCUUGGGAGUGAGUGAGCAUUAAGAUGGAAUCCAUGGACUAGACUUUACACUGUGGUUGCUGGCCAGAAGCUGCUGCAAUGUAUAAUCAUCCCUGAAAACAAAACUGGCAUUAGACUGCCUAGUAUUGGAGAGGAAAUUGAAUAUUUCCUAAUAACUGUGUAAGGACAAUACUUCUGUGAUGGAUCCAUUGCAUAUGAGAUGGAAUCUCAUACCUUGAAUAAUCUAUUACUAAUGGAUCUUGUUGUAAUAAGAUGUUACUUUGCUUUGAUGAACAAAAAUAAUACCUAUGUGAGUAGGUAGACAAGAAAUCAUGAAGUUAGAGCCCAGCCCAUUUGGUUUAGGUCAGAAUUCUAUUUAUUUGAAAAAUUCAAACAGAACAAAAGGAUUAAUAAUAUAGUACUGUGACUCCUACAACUUAGCAUAGCUAUUAAUUUAGUUUGAGAUUCUUUUGCACUUGUGGGUAGCUGCGUUGUAGGUUUAAUUCAAGAAGAACAGAAGCCCUGGAAAAGGGAGUAGGUCAUCUUUCCGCAUUCCAGAAUUCUUUCCCCCCCCCCCCCCACCCCCCACAGCUCUCGCACCCCUGCCCCUACCCAGCCUGGCAGACAUCCCGGUGAUUUGGAAAAUUUUGUCUAGAAUAAUGUUGUCAUGGGACCCCAAUGUGACAGUCCUGCUGCACUGUGAAGACAUGCCAUCAUCAGCUUAAGAGUGGGAGGGGCAGUGGGGGAAAUAGCAGUUUUGUUUACAAUCCAGAUUCUACUGUUCUUCCUGAAGGAACCCUUCAUGUUGGUGCACCUUUUAAACCAUACACUAAGCUGUUAGUAAAUAAAAUGGUGCAUUUUCUGAAGAACUGCAGAUCUAGUUACAAACUGUUUUGCACUGAUCUUAAAAAUAAACAGAAUUAGACACUGGCUAUUCACCAAAAUGUGAUCACAUCAAACAAGAAUUCAUUUGAGGUUUUAACCACCAGGUGAUGAGCCAUUUCACAGAUUCAGGGAUGGCUAUUCAGGGACUUGAGUUCCAGUUGUUUAAACAUCUGUAUUGAAAUUUUAUUUUUGUUGCCCAUGUUAUUGAUUUUAUUGUAACUUGGUAUAGUUCUCACAUUUUUGUACUGUCUUUUCUCGCUGUUCUCAGAAAAAGUGCAAUUCUCUACCAUUUUGCACACCAGAAAAGCCAUUCCAUCAACCCACCAUCAUUUUGUUUAAACCUGAGGAGAAUUUUCUCUUAAUGAAGGAUAUUGUAAUUUGUUUUUCAAAACAAUUUAUUAGUUUUCUUGCAAAUUGUUAACCACAUCUUGAAUAAUUUUCUCGUCAUUUAAACUAAAUUCUAAACUCAGCUGGAAGUUUGUAUUUGCAGUAUUUAUUACGCUGCCUUCACCUUGAAUAAGGUGAUCAGUUAGUUGUCUAACUACAGUUUGUGUAGUUCUGAAAACAAAAUUCUGUUGAUGUUUAAGAAAAAUUCUUCCUCUUGCUGCCUAAUGGGUCAAAUGUAAAUUGUGUGGACGGGGAGUGCUAACUCGAAAUCAUUUGUUGUUGCAUUUAUUUCAUAUGCUGACACCCAGGUCACUCAUCUUUUAUCUAGAGUAUGCGUAAUUUGCCCUAGCAUUCUUAAUAGAUCUCCUGCAGCUCCAGGUUUGGAAAGAGCAGUGAGAUUUAUGUUCCAAAUUCACAGAUGGAAAGUGCUGCCACAAGUUGUUUGCUCAAUGGUUGGAGACUGGAAGAUUACCACCAUAAGCAUUGUAUACCCAUUUCCUAGCAGUGGUUUGAAAUGUCCAGUAUUUGAUUUAUUUGGUGGCUGAUACAUGUUUGAGGGUUCUGUAAUGUCACCGAUGGGUUCUUCUGCUAAUGUCAGUCAGUGUAAUCUGUUGUAUUGCUGCUGAAGCGGUUUUGUAGCCAUGCAGUAAAAAGCAGAUUGAAAGCUUCUACUGGAGUGAACCACUGCCGUGUCAAUACAGUAGAAUAUAUUGUUUUCGAACAGAACAACAGUAGUCAUAAAUACCAAACUAGUGGUCACUUUUCUGUGUGUACUGCAACUCUAUGGCACAUGCUGUUUUCCAGGUUCCAACCAAAAAAGGAGGAAACCAGACAAAACGCUGUGAUAUGCUGGCUCUGCAUUGCUCAAGAGUUCUGCAUAUCUCUAGUGGUGCAUGAAUGUUGUGGAUCAUGUUAUCUAAAUGUUGAUGCAUUAUGAAAUGGUCCAAGCUAUUCCCAGGCCCAAACUGCAGUACAUCUGACAAAAGGUUCUCUCACUAGGACCUAGAGUUCACUGGAAAACAUUUCUUCAGCACCACUAUUUGCUGUGGGGGAACAAAGUCAUGUUUACAGUUUAAUUUUCUUUACAUAUUGAAAGUGUUUCAAAUGAGCUUUUUUGUUUACUUUGUUCUGUGAAUGUUGUACAAGAGAGUGGUGCAGACCUAAAUGUAGAUCAUAAACUUUGUAUGCAAUAAUAAAAGACAAAUUAACCAUGGAUGAUCUAUUGUACAUCUGGAGAACUGAGAUGAACCAUUAUUAGGAAAUAUUCAUGACACCUUUCAUUCAUUCUGGUUAAAGCUUCUGUGCGUAGAGGACAGGCAAACUUUGAUAUAAGGGUAAAUGCCAUGAGCCCAAGUCUAAAGAAUGAAGGACUCGUUGCAGCACUCAACCUAGCACAUGAUCUAGAUUGAUUGCAACAAAAUUAAGUGGGAGAUUUUUGACUACGUGAAGGAAUUUUAGCUGAUGCGUGUGCCUAUGCACAUAAUACAGUUCUGCUUGGAGUGUGACUGUGUGUCUCUCUGCAAUGUAAUUCUGCCUAGUUUUGAAUGUGAAUCUAGGUUCCUAUUGAUGUAUUGCACUGGUGAGGUGCAGUAACAAUGAUAUCUAUUGAGAUAGUUAUGGACAAUAGAUGUUAUAAAGAUCAACAGUUUAUUUUAGCAGUAGAGUACAUUUUAUGGCACUAAAUAAAAG